AUGGGGACGGAGCGGCCCGAGGAGCCGGGGGGCGACGCCGCCACCACAGCCGCCGGUCCGAGGCGCGUCGAGGUCCCCCGGCCCCCAUCCAUCGAGGAGUUCACCAUUGUGAAGCCCAUCAGCCGCGGCGCCUUCGGGAAGGUGUACCUGGGCCGCAAGGCGGGCCGGCUCUAUGCCGUGAAGGUGAUGAAAAAAGCAGACAUGAUCAACAAAAACAUGGUUCACCAGGUCCAGGCAGAGAGGGAUGCAUUGGCUCUCAGUAAAAGUCCUUUCAUUGUGCACUUAUACUACUCACUUCAGUCAGCUAAUAACAUCUACUUAGUGAUGGAGUACCUUAUUGGUGGAGAUGUCAAAUCUCUUCUCCAUAUUUAUGGAUAUUUUGAUGAAGAAAUGGCUGUUAAGUAUAUUUCUGAAGCAGCAUUGGCCCUUGACUAUCUUCACAGGCAUGGGAUAAUCCACAGGGAUCUGAAGCCAGACAACAUGCUCAUUUCUAAUCAGGGCCAUAUAAAGUUGACAGACUUUGGGCUUUCCAGAGUUACUCUGAACAGAGAGAUAAAUAUGAUAGAUAUCCUUACUACACCAUCAAUGGCAAAGCCAAAGCAGGACUAUUCGCGUACUCCAGGACAAUUGUUGUCUCUUAUCAGUUCUCUGGGCUUUUAUUCUCCUGUUGGAAUGAAAAUGCCAGCGCGCAAUUCAAGUCAAUCAUCUGACAGUUUGCAUGGAGUGGUUUCUCCCUUACCUAUGGUCCAGAAGGAAAAUACCCCUCUUUCAACUAAAUUAUUCAAAACACAUCUUGAUAAUUCUCAAUUAACACCUGUGAUGCCAGCAAGAAGUUUGACUCCUACUCUACUUCAGUCAAGAAAGAGGUUUGGUACUUGCAGUGUUAGUAGUGAGUCCCACACACACCUGUCCAGUGUGGAAUCAGAAUGCUGCAGCAGCCCCAGGCAGGAGAAAGAUGUAGAGCACAGUGAAGAUGAACCUAGUUCUGCAACGUGCAAAACAAAUAACAGUGGGUCAGCUCUCCCUUCGAACGUUGAGUUAACAAAUAGCAAAAGUACUGAAGUUUUAAAGAAAAAAGAACUUGAAUCUGCUGUUUCUCCCAUUGUCAGAAAUGAUUCUGACUGUAGGCAGAAGUUGGGAAGUGAACAUUCGAAUAUAACAGAUACAUUUUCUUACUGUACCUUUCACAUCCAGUGUGGUUAUGGGAGUAUUUCUGAAAAGACUUGGGAAGAAAACGUCUGUGUAAAUAAAAGAAAGAUAACUGAUGAAACAGCAGAAACUUCCAAUCCACAACAGUCAUCUUCAAGGCAGAAUGAACCUUUCAAAGAGGAAGAAAUUUUUGAAAAGCCAGGUGUUAAAAGAGGCUUUGAAUUAGUUGAUACCAGUCCUUGUCAGGAACUUAACUAUGUUAAAAAAAGCAAUGCAGAAUAUAAGCGUGGCUGUCAUAUCUCAGAAUUUUCAGCAAACAAUAGGACGGGUUUGACAACAGAAAUUCAGUCCUUAGUGCUCUGUAAUGAUGGAUGCCCACGUGACACCUGCGAAAGCAACCAGCAAACAGAAGGAUCACUUACUCCAACUAUAGUCAAAAAUCUUAUGUGUGAUCUGGAUACAGACUACAGAAAGGAUGAUGAAAAGGAGUACAUGAACUCAAGUUUUUUAGACACUGACGAUGAAAAACCGUCAGGAAUCCUCAAUGCAGACUCUGAUGUAUUUACCGACAUGUCUGUUACAGAAAGCCAUUUAGAAAAGCAGCUUUUAGAUUUGGACAAAAGUGUUAAAGACCUCUCCUUUGAGGAGCCAAAACCUGAAGGUGCACUGAUAACAUCACCAAAGUCCCAAGAUGCCUCACGAAGUGGAGAGGAAGCACAUACAGUCCAGGACUGCAAGCUGUUACAUCAUGAGAAGGAUAACGACCAGAAACACGGGGAAGGAGCUUACCUUAACACAGUAUCUCCUCCUUCAGAAAAGAUGAUGGAAGCACUGAGUCUCUUAAAAAAAAGUGCUGUUGUUUUUCGAAGUUAUAAUAGUCCAAUUAAUAUGUCCAAUGUAUCUGAGCCGUGUAGCAUGGCUUCUUUAGAUAUAAUGGAUCUUUCACCUGCUUGUAGUGGCUCUUACCCAACGGCUAUCACUCCGUCACAGAAAGGAAGGCCAUAUCAGACCUAUCAGACACCUUGUCAGGGGGAUGCUGGCACACCAUAUCGGACUCCGAAGAGUGUAAGAAGAGGAGCUGCCCCAGUAGAAGGUGAACGCAUCCUAGGGACCCCAGAUUACCUGGCACCGGAGCUGCUUUUGACAAAGCCUCAUGGUUCUGCUGUAGACUGGUGGGCCCUCGGAGUUUGUCUGUUUGAGUUUCUGACUGGAAUUCCACCUUUUAAUGAUGAAACACCAGCACAGGUUUUCCAAAAUAUUUUGAAAAGAGAUAUUCCCUGGCCUGAGGGUGAAGAAAAGCUGUCUGAUAACGCCCAAAAUGCAAUAGAUAUUCUUCUAACAAUUGACACUACUAAGAGAGCUGGACUGAAAGAGCUGAAACGUCACCCCCUCUUUCACAGUGUGGACUGGGAUAAUCUGCAGAAUCAAACCAUGCCGUUUAUACCUCAGCCGGAUGAUGAAACUGAUACCUCUUACUUUGAAGCAAGGAAUAAUGCUCAGCACCUGACUGUGUCUGGAUUUAGCUUGUAGCAUCAAGAUAAGUGAACAUUCUCCAUGGUUUUGCACACUUACAGGUUAUCUGGCAACACUAGUUUGGUCUUAACUAAGUUUCCUUGCCAAAUUUAGUGUGUUUUACAUGACCAGUCUUUUUAUUAUAGUCUCCUUUAUUCUAAAGUGAAACUAUUGUAUGUAACUGGUAUCAAGUGCCUUUUGUGGGCUCACUGCACCUUACUAAGAAGCCAGAACAUUGAAUGUCUUGGAGCUGGUAACUCCUGACAAUGAUGGGGCUUUUGCAUAGCAAUGAGUAAUUCCAGUUAGGAGGUGUGAUGUUAUUUCCCAGCUAAACAUAAUAUGGAAAGGACAAAAAUGCAUACUAACUGUAUCUAUUGGCAGUUUGCUGUGAUGACAGGCUGGGUUGGAAGCACUCCUUAAACUCUGUUAAAUAAAUCCUCUGCUCAAAUUGUUGCAUUGUAACCACUUGGGCUGUACGAAGCUGGACUCAACAUACAUUUUAGCAGUUACUAGUUUUACCUAGAAAAUGCCCAGUGUGUGUGUGCUCACUGCUGUCAGAUGUCAGCUAACAGGUGAUUUUGGUUUUUAACAAGUGAAGCAGUAUUCAUACUGAACCUGCUAUAUACUGAAGACUAUUAUGUACUGCAAACUCACAGAUUGUUCUGCAAACUCACGAGAGCUUAGAUUUUUACUAGAACGUAAGAUAGAAGUGUAUAUUCAGUAUUAUAAAUCUGAAUUAGAUUAAAGUAUACUUAUACCUAUCUUUAAAUGCAACACAAAACUUGUAUCUGCUAGGUUUCAGAGGUUUAUUUUUAGAUAAUUCUGUUUAAAUAAUCUUCAGUGUUUUUGUUGCAUAGGUACCUUUCUCUGCUAACUGAAUGAAGAUUUUAAUUUUUCAGGUUUGUACUUGUUAGAUAAAAAUCACAGAUGCCAGCCAAGGGCCACGUGCCAGCUGAGCAUUUUACUACUGAUUUUUGCCAAGUGGUAAAAGUAGUUUCAUGCACUGACCCCUUCUGUAGCAGUAGCAAGUUGUCCUUUCAUUACCCUGCUUCCUGGAAGACAGGAUUUAUUGAUGCAAUUCUGAGCAAACAGUGUCUGCUAGGCUUCCUGCUGUCCCCUCAGGUUGCUGGGAAAGGAAUGGGAAAGGUGAAGAAAAUGGAAGUUUCCUAGAAAAACCUAAAGAGAAGCGAUUCUUAAGAGCUCAAAAUGACUAAUCCCAGCUCUAGGUAUGAUAACUCAAACAUGUUGUAAAACAUACAGCGAGUCUCACUCCUUUUGCUAAGGAUUGCAGUUUCAGAAAACUUCUAAAUUGUUCAGUCUCUUACUCCUGUUACAUGAAAAAGGUGCCAACAAAUUAAUGCACUACUGAAGCAAUAUCCAUAAACAAUGUUCUCUGAAUGUGAUGAGAAAUUCUUUGGUUUCUGCUGUACAGUUGAAAUAUAUAAAUUGGGGUAGGAGGGAUACCUUAGGUUAUGUAAUCACUGGUGUUUUAUAAAAUUUAUUCUUCCAUUUCUAGUAAUCUGAUUUAAGAAAGUGACUAUGAUUACAUGUUGAGUAAAUAAUAUAAACUGAACACCACACCAGCUCUUUAUCUUCAGUGCUUUACAAAUGGUUACACCUGUUCCCAUUUUGCAGUAUAACAUGUUCCCAUCAAGGUGGAAAAACUUGUUGCAGUGGUAUGGUCUUUUAAAGAAAACCUCUAACCCCUUGAAACAGUUCUGAAUCAGUCACAAAGGUCAAGUAAGCUUCUGUAAAAACCUUAUUCUAAAAGAAAAUUGUUAGUUUUCUACCUGUUGAUUAAUGCAAUACAAAAACAUAGAUUCUGUAAAAACAGUAAAAAGACCAACAGACAAAUCCAAAUAUUUAGUAUAAAGUUACCACUACAGUGGUGUCCAAAACUUAAAUUCUGCACCAUCAGCACUGAAGAUGUGCAAUACCCCGUUCUCUUCAGUAUCUUGCAUUUAUCUUGCUUAUAGCAAACAUGGAGUUGAGUGUAACAUGUUGAUUGUUGGGGUUUGUGGUGUGAUUUUGUUUGUAGUUGGUGGUUUUUUAGCUUUGUCGUUCAACAUGGAAUUCCUUGUCAACUCUCAGUUUUGCCCCACUUGUUGCAUCACUUGAAAUACUACAGGUAAAAGUGCAAAAAGCUAUAAUGUGGUAGCUGGAAGAGAUUUAAGGCUCGUUCUCAUUAGUAAUUAUUUACAAAUAAUUAAGUAAGCUGAUUAAUUAAUUAAUUAAGUUUCUGAUCCUUAGAAGCUGUGGAACAUAUCACUUUGCAAGUACUCCAGCUGUUACAUGGUGCUUCCUGAAGGCCUAAACUUGAUGUGCAUGACCUACAUAUAAACUGUAGCUUCCAGUUUAUCUUGGGAGACAGUUUACCUGCCAUUAGCACAGGCCUGUCCAUCUAAGAACUACUGCAGAGAUCAGUGUCACACUUUGUUAUACAGAAAUAGCAGUCUUGGACAGUUACUCCUACCCCUUACUUGCUGUUGGGCUCCCCUGUACAGUGCAGUGUUCGGGGGCCAAGAUGCUGAAUGCCCUGUGUUAUUGAGUCAGGAGAUUCCAAUUUCAGCAUGAUCUGGUUUACCUACGGUUACUCUUGCAAUGAAAUGCGUUCUUUUCCUCUCAAAAAAAUUUACUUUGCACGUUUUGUGUAAAUAUAUUAAAAAAAAU